AAGGCAGAAGCGCCCGAGUCAAGAACGCCAAGCGGAGCAACCUUACGUGUUUAUUGGGACCAAGAUCCAUUGAGAAAAAUGGCCUGGACAUGGAAGACUUUCACAAUAGUGCUGUUAACAGUUUCGCUCGUCAGUUCGAGUCCCUUGCUUUCUACCACGGAACUACCGACAGAUAUUCCUUCUCCAAAGCCUCAGGCUAAUAAAGAAGAGCAUUUCCCGGCCGUGGCUCCACCCCAGGCCCUCGAGGCGGGUGGAAUCAGCGGUCAGCCUGCUCUGCUACCACCUCCACCAAUACCCUCGAACGAAGCGGAGGAUGAGCCAGUGCGCCGUCGAACCGUUACCUACGACCAGCGGCAGGAAGGACAGUACAAUAUUCGUGCCGACCUCGAGAACUUUAUGAUCCUGCUGAUUCCACCUGGUCCACAGGAGGGUAUCAGCUUGCUGGAGCUGCUCGGAAGAGGAGCCAAUAGAGGUAACCUCGGUGCCUCGAAGCGGAAACACUCUCUUAAAGGAAAUUCUCUGAAGUCCUUCUACCAAAAGAACCCUCUUCAGAAGCUGCAACAGCCUCAGCAUUUGCACCCACACCAACCAUCCCUACCAGCAGGCGCGCUUCCAGAAUUCAUCGAAGGUCGAUCGCCCUAUCACGUGGACAUCUCGGCCAGUGAUCCCGAACAAGGGCAGCGUUUACAGCGCCAGCAAGUGGAUGUCCUACCGCCCCAAUUGAUUCCAAUGCCGCAAUUGAUAAAACCCUACCACUUGGAAGCGGAGCCAGAGCUGAUCCAAGCCCUCCCCCCAGUAUCAGCUGGUAGCGGCAGCAGCAGCAGUGCCGGAUCAAACCUUCUGGAUGGGUACAGCCACUCGGGAUCCCACUACUUCCGCGGCUCUCGUUCCCUGCAAGGUGAUAGCUAUUUGGAAACCAAUCGACUGGGCGGCAAUGACUUAGCCAGCCCCCGAUCCAUUAGUGUUCCAAUUUAUCGCAGCGAUGUGGGCGACGGUGCCGCCGGUCUUUAUCCGCCAAUCGAUGCCCCAUCCUAUAUUGUAGAUCAGGCUCGCACCUGGCACCUGGACGAAGAGCCCACCCGUGUUCAGGCUGCAGAGCCAGAGAUUGUUAGUUUUGAUCUGCUGGCCGACGACGAUUUGGCCGAUUCCCGCUCUCUGCUGCGGGAUGGACUGGCCCGCUGUGCCCGUGGUGAACGUAGAGAUAGUUACGGCACCUGCCGCCAGAUCGAAGGCUACUGAAAAAGAAGAGAAGAACUGCAAGACUGCCAGCCUAAAUAUUAGCUUCGUAUUCGCACACCUUAGACUUAAGCCGAAAUAACCGUC